UCAACGCAAUUUUUUCUUCGCACCGUUCCGUACUUCGAAUGGAUUCACGGUAAGGGCUUACGUUCCGGCGACGGGCUGCGUGCGUUCAUAAACGAACGCGAUGACAUAAACUAGGUCCAGGAACUACUCGAGUCAAACACAAAACCUGCAACAUACAGCUUUUCAAGAUGGUUUUAGAAUCUAUUUCAAGGAUAAUUAAACUCCAGCUUCCAGCCUACCUCAAGAAGCUCCCGCUUCCGGAGACGAUCGGCGGAUUCGCGAGGUUAACAGUGUCCGAGUGGCUCCGGCUGCUGCCUCUGCUGGGCAUCCUGGCUCUGCUGGGCUACCUGACCAUCCGCCCCUUCCUGCCCAAGAAGAAGAAGCAGAAAGACAGUCUGAUCAACCUGAAGAUCCAGAAGGAGAACCCAAGGGUGAUCAACGAGAUAGACAUCGAGGACCUGAACAGCACCAAAGUAUGUUACUGCCGCUGUUGGCGCUCCAAAACCUUUCCGGUUUGCGACAGGUCACACGUAAAGCACAACGAGCUGACCGGAGACAACGUGGGACCGCUCAUACUCAAGAAGAAGAUGCUAUAAUUGGACGCUGGAGGCGCCUUUUUUUUUCUUUCGCUCACCUGUCUAACACAGUCUUUGGUUUCCACGACUAACCGUUUUUUGACUAUUUCUGUCUGUUGCCGUGUUUUCUUCUUCUAUUUUGGACAAAAGACUCGGUCUUGCCUUGUUAUGUACACGUUUUAGAAAUGUGGCAGACCAGAUUCUUUACUUGAAGUGGUCCUAAAACACCUAGAAAUAGUCUGUGAAAACUGUAUCUUAGGUUAUUUAAUGAAAUCAAGUGGUAAAAGCUUUUUUUCUUUUUUGGGGCCUUUGUUCAUUGUGUGUGCUUACUUUAACACAGUAGCCUUUUUCUUCUGUAAAUUCAGUUGUAGGCGCAUCUCACCCUUUUUGGAAUCUGUUACCAAUCAUGGGGACCACUUUGAGAGCUUGGACACAAAUGCAGUGAUCUUAAGAUGGCUUUCAAUAAGCUGAACAAGUAUCAGAGCAAGUGUUGGUUUUUCCUAGUAAAAUAGUUGUUUAAAUGAAAUACUUGAUACUCGUCCAAACCGUAAACCAACGUUUUGUAUUGUAUGUCUUUGGACGUUUCUUAGGAUUUAUUUUUAUUUUUGUCUGCGUGCCAAACAUCUUUCUUUAAAUUUUUUUUUAGGAUGUGAUAUCUUCUCUCAUAAGUUAUUGUGUAGAAGGGAAAUGGUCAAAUAUUUCUCGGUUUAUAGCCUUUAAACAUUUUUGUUUUACAUUUUGUUUUCAACUCCGUUGCCUGUGAACAUUUCAAACCAAGACAUCGCUGAGUAAUAUCCAGUUGUGCACAGUUCCCACCUCAGUACGGAGGGGAGGUUUCAGAAAGGAACUUUAGCUCUGUUCUUUUCUUGCUUCUGUAGCGUCACACUGGCUGUGAAAAGGAAACGAUGUGCUGGAAUAUCCCUCCUUCGAUUCAUCAGCAAUAUGUUAUACAUAAUUUGCUUGUAUCGUCAGAUCUGUACACCACAAUGAUGCCUAUGAAUGAAAGUUGACGGCUUUCAGCAAAUUCUCUGUUUCAUUUGUUAAAGGCAAUAGAUGGGAUGUUAAAAUUGUUUUUGGCAAACGGAA